GGCAGCCUUUCAACUACAGCCUACAAUCCCAUGAAGUGAUGAAUGGACUCAGGAUACUUAUAGCACGUCAAUAUUGUCAAGAAUAUCAAACAGUAUCGCGGAUCUACUGCUUUCGUUGCUUCAACUUUCUCAUUGACAUUGGAUUUGUGUGUUUAGAGGAAGCUCUUCUACUGCUCAAAUUGACAAUUAUGUCUUCACAGAAUUUGACUAUCCUUCUAUCUGAUCCGGCCUAUGUUAAUGCCAAUCAAAAUGCACCCAUACUUAAGAACGUAAUCAUUUGGUCAAUAUUGUCUACCAUUGCGCUUGCCCUUAGAUUGACUGCGAAAAUAGUUCGACAGUCUGGUCUUGGAAUAGAUGAUGCUUUGCUUGUUAUAUCUUAUAUUUUUUGCAUAGGUCAAAGUGCUAUGGUGGCAGCAGCACUAAAUUUCGGAUUGGGUCGUCAUUUUAUCACAGUAUCUCUUGAAGACAAUAUCAGCUUUGCAAAGGCAUAUUUCGCAGGAACACUUCUACAACCUACUACCCUGACCGCAGCCAAGCUAUCAGUACUCGUUUUGUUGCAUAGGAUAUUCAUCAUUAGAGGCUUUCAGAUCACCGCGCGCAUUCUAGGUCUUAUACUGCUUUUAUGGUUUGUUGCAAACCAACUAUGCGAACUUCUUAUUUGCCGCCCAAUUUCUUCCCAAUGGAAUCCUCAGACCCCCGGACAUUGUGGAAACCAGCACAUAUUGUUGAUAGUAGCCCCUAUACCAUGGGUACUCACAGACUUUGCCAUUCUAAUCGCUCCAAUACCUGUGCUUAAAAGCCUUCGACUGCCGCCCUCUCAAAGAUAUGGGCUAAUUUUACUCUUCUUACUCGGUGGAAUCACAUGCAUUAUUAGCGUUCUCAGAUAUGUUCAGUUGUACAAGACCAUCAAAGAUGUUACUUAUGAUAGUCCAGGUAUUGCAAUCUGGCAGAUUGUAGAGGCUAAUGUCACAUUGAUAUGCGCCUGUAUGAUUGCUGCUAGGCCAGCAAUGUCGUAUCUUUAUCCUCAAAAGCUCAUAUCCCGAACCUGGCUAGCUUGGUCUCAAUAUGCGAGCCUUAAGAUAGAUACAAAGACAGACUCACGACAAGAGCAAAAGCCCGAUUCAAACAAUCCAUUCGGUAGUGUCACCAUCCUUCGGCAACGAGGAGAUAGUGCUUCAAAUCAUGCGGAUUCUUCCCGUGAAAAUGGCCAUUUCGAGCUUCGACCGGUUAAAAACGAUUUGGAGGCAUCAGUCCAGUAUGUCAGCAGGAACGAAAUUGCGCCGACUAACAGCGGUUCAUUGAAGUGAGGUUGUUCAUAUCUGGAUUGUAACUUUGCGUAAUCAACCAGGCAAAUUUUGGAGGAGCCAAUUGAAAUCCAACCAGCAAUUUAUCAAGUGAUCACAGGCCAUACUUGCCCAGAAAUCAGUUACUCGGUGGAUGGAGGGAGUGACGUGGAGGCGCAACGGUGCUUAUUGUAGGGUGCCAGUAUUAGAUACGAUCUUUCAUCAAUCAAAGCCAUAAUUUUGUGAUA